AUGGCGUCCCUUCCACCUGCUUCGUGCUGUUACAAGGGAGUUAAGCAUGAAGGCGCUGCCAAGGGUAGUAUCUCGCAAAUCGGGGACGUUGAAGUGUACACCGUGUAUCCCGAUGACAAGUCGACCAAGAAAGCAAUUUUAAUCUUAACAGACAUUAUUGGACACAAGUUCAUAAAUGUUCAGCUAAUUGCUGAUCAGUUCGCCGCGAACGGGUAUUUUGUCGUUAUUCCCGAUCUAUUUGCAGGGGAUCCGGUGCCAUUGAACAAACCCGGUGGUUUUGAUAUGCAAAAAUGGCGCCACGGAGAAUAUCACCCUAAGGGAAUUGCGCACUUGCCCCCCAACGUCGAUCCUAUUGUCGAUGCCUGUAUAAAGGAAAUGAGAGAGACUCAUGGCUGCGAAAAAAUCGGCUCUGUCGGAUAUUGUUUUGGUGCCAAGUAUGUGGCGCGAUAUCUACGACCAGAUUUGCAACAGAUUGAUGUGGGCUUUUUCGCCCACCCAAGUCAUGUUUCCGAGGACGAAUUGCGCAGUAUCAAGGCUCCGUUGGGUAUUGCCGCCGCUGAGACGGACGCGAUUUUUCCACCCGAAAAGCGACACGACAGCGAGGUCAUUCUGAAAGAGUCAGGAUUACCUUAUCAAAUUAAUCUGUAUAGCGGUGUGUCUCAUGGAUUUGCGGUUCGCGGGGAUCCGAACAAUCGAAUCGUGCAAUAUGCCAAGGAGACCGCAUUCCUCCAAGCCAUCCAGUGGUUCAAUGAGUACCUCACGGUCUAA